AUGGCCUGUUCACGGUGCGGCGUCCACGCGAGGACGCUCCUCCAACGGGCGGCCCAGCAACAAACCCAAUUCCUUCCCGCCAAUUCGCGACUCGCUCGAUUACCUACCGUCACUUCCGUGCCUCAGAGAAUCGCAACGCAGACCCGGAGAGAGAGCACGCAGGCGGGUCCUGCGAAGACGAAGACUAGCGCGAAUAAACUCGACGAUAGCAUCCCCACGAGGAAGAUUGAUGGUACCGGUCUCGUCGGCUCGUACGCGAUCUAUGGAGGGACGCACCAGGUUUACAAAAAGGUUGCUCAGCCUGCGGCCUACAGCAUCUCGGAGGUAGACCGACACAAUGGCACGUUAGAAACGCUGGAGGAUGGCGAGGAGGUGGGCAAGUCAGAGGGCACAUGGCACAAGCUCCUCGGCCUACCGCCCACCUUUAGCACAUGGUCCCAGGUCACCAUGCUCCGGAUGUAUGUCCUCGUCGCCCGCGCCCGUUGCCUCGAACCCGAAGCCUACCAAUCCUGGUACCACCAGCUGCUCAACCACUUCUUCUUCGAUUGCGAGCGCAUGAUGGACAUCAACCACGGUCUCACCGCCAAGAGCCAGCGCCAGCGCUUCCUCAAGGACCUCUUCGUGCAGUGGCGCGGCCUCCUUGCCUCGUACGAUGAGGGCAUCGCCAGGGGUGAUGCCGUAUUGGCGUCGGCGGUGUGGAGGAAUCUGUACAAGGCGAAGGAGGAUGUGGAUUAUAGGAAUGUGGCGGCUGUGGUGAGUUGGAUGAGAGCGACGCUGUGGGAUCUAGAGAGGAUGAAGGAUGAGGAUUUGGUCAUUGGGAAGGACUUGUUUAGGAAGUCGCUAGAGUCGCAGUUCCAUAUUGUGGAUACGCAGAUUAGUGCGGUGAAGGACCAGGUUGUAAAGCCCGGGGAUAACAAGUCGAAAUGA